GAAAAUUUGGUUGUUUAAUCAUCAGAUUUUUUUAAUUUUAAUGAUAACUGUGUUGUUAACAAAAUGUGAUGAUUCAAUUAAUUUACCUCAUCAUACUGUGGCAAAUAAUAAUAGUCGAGUAGCUAAACAUUUAUAUCUACCAGAUGAAAAUGAGCCAGAAUUUAUAUUGCCUGAAGUUGUUGAUAAUCGUGUGAGGAUGUUACCAGCAGCAAUCAAUGCUCCAUCAGUCUCAUCACUGGCUAAUUCAAGAAUCAUCAAAAUAAUGUCAAUGUCCUGUCGAUAUGAUGACAAAGAUCAUACAUAUUUUAGAGCAUCAAUACUUGCUCCACGUAAUUUUCAACAGCCAAUUGUUGACAGUGAAAAUAUUCCAAGUGAUUUAUGUGCUAUUAAAAAAAUAAACAAUGAAUAUCUUGUUGAUUUUACCAAUAAAUUAUUUUUAAAUUGUGGCAUUCAAGAUUGUUCCAGUGAAAUUGAAAAAUUUCAUUGUUUAAAUAUUCGUUUUCCAAUUAUUUCCGGACUACGAUUAAAGCAAGACAUGAAAAUUCUUCUCCGUUGCAGAGUACAAGAAAAAAUAACAUCACACACUAAAAGAAUAAAUUUAAAAACAUUGGACACAUCAGCAAGAAUGUCACCAAGAAUAGCAACUGGUGGUGAUAAAAAUAUAUUUGAGACAGAUAUUGGUUUGUAUAGAAAAGCCCUUGGUUCAGAUAAUUUAUUUGAUGCUAAAAUUCAACCAGGUGGAACAGUCAUACUUGGAGAAAAAAUACUACUGAGAGUUGUUGUUCGUGAUGGUGAUGGCUGGAAGUAUUCAAAAAUAAGUGAUGUAAGUUUGCACUAUGUUGAAAAUAAUAAUAGAAAAAAAAAUAUAAUAAAUAGUCUUUGGAUUCUUGAUGGAAAUGGUUGUUUAAAUCCUAGUCUUGAUAGAAUAACAUCAAGACAACAAUAUCAAGUAUCGUCUCUUGAAACGUAUUUCAUCUUUGAAGCAUUUAUGUUUGACAAUAUGAGGGAAAGCGAUGAAAUGACAAUGAGUGUCAAGGUUACUGGUUGUCUAGAUGUUAAUGACUGCAUUAUAAAUUGUAGCUCAUCAGAUCAACGAGUACGUAAAUCAAGAAGCUUGAAAAAUAAUUUACACAAUCAAACUGUUGAUUAUUUACUUGAUGAUAUAUCAUUUCGUGUGAUUUAUCAAAAACAACAUGAUGAUAAAUACAUUACUCCAGCUAUUUAUACAAUAUUUUUCAUAUUUAUUUUAAUUGUUGUAAUAACACUUAUUUGCACAUUAAGCGUACAACAAAGACAAAAGAAAAAUCAAAGAUUUUAUUGA